UCAGAGCCAUGAAGAGCCCUGAAUCAGCGGAUAUCGAGCUUAAAGCCCGCCGAAUUGCCUAUCAAAUGAGCCGGGAGCUUGAAAAAACUGAUGUUCGGGAUGAUUUUCAGAAUGCACUGCUCUCCCUGCCAAUGUCUGAAACUGACAAAAAUGUCGGUUUCAAUGCAUUUCUCAAACUACAAGUCGACAUUAAAGAAUCACUGAAAAACUAUUCGAAAUUCGGAAAAAAAUCCAAUUUUUUGAAACUUCUCACCGCCAAACAACUCAAAUCUCUGGACCACAUGUUAAAAUCCACGUCUCCAGAUGUCGAAAUUAACGAAAAAAACGAUAAAAUCUGGGAAAACGGGUCAUUUUCCGGAGAGCAUGUGGUUGCGAAAACUGUGAAAAUUGUUGAUGGCGUGGCGGCACAUUUGCCGGAGCAUCCGAUUCCGGCAAAUAUUCCACCGUUACACGUCGCACAGCUUUAUGAUGACGAUUUUGAGCAAGAAGAUGAGGAUGACUUGGAAUGGUUAAGCAGUCAGCCGGGUGGAUCAUCAAGCAGAAUUCCGGAUGUUCCAUCGGAACCCCUUCCAAGAUCAGCUGGGAUCUCUGAAAAAGUACCGGAAAAACAGAUGUCUACUAGGAAAAUCGUUUCGCGAGCCCGUCAAAUCGCGAAAAGUGACGCACAAAUUCAAACGGAGCAAAUUGAGAAAGAACGGGUUGAUACAGCAGAAAUCGGCACGAAUUGCAAUAUAAUAGUGACACCACGCGUCUUGGAGAACGAUGACCCCCGGGGAUCGGAAUUCGUGGAAAAAUCCCCAUUUCUCUCACCAAUCAGCACAGCAAUAUCGGAUAUCAGUGAGGGAGAAGUAGUGCAGUUACGGUCAACGGACAAUGUGAUUACUGUAACAAGUCGAGGAAGAAUCGUGGCGACACCACGUGUCAUUGAGGAUGAUGAUGUGGUAGAUCACCACUUUGGCUCCUUCGACUCAAAUGUGCUUGUAGAAAAAUCGACGAGCCCGUUUGGUGUGGCAGAAGUUGAUAUGUCGAUCUCGUCGGCGCAUAGCCAUUUUGAAUAAAAUUAUUGAUUUAUUGAU